CCCGCUUAAUUUGUGCUGAUGUGUGUAUUUUAUUUGUAUACAUUUUUUAAUCGUGACAGGCGCCACGGUCCGCGGACGGUAUGACGUCUCUUUGAAAGACAGCGUAUACAUAUGUUUGAACAAGAAUCGAAGUCGCAUACUCUACGUGUUUGAAAAAUUACGUAUCCCCAGAGGGUACCUUAACGACAAUGACGGCGGUAUAUCCAACCCUACCGAAACUGGCGGUGAGAGACAACCUUGACGAUGACGAUCUCACCGACAUCGACGACGAGGUGUUUAUCAGGGAUGGGAGAAACGGCGGACUGAAACUGGACGACGAUGGCGGGGUGAAGCAGCCCCUCAUGGCACCCCGCAGAAAGUGCAGAAAGGCCUGCAGCCCAGAGAACAAUAAGAUCCCAUACAAUAUGCUCCUCAUGCCAGUGUGCUGUGGAGCUACAGCACUGAUUAUACUGCUAGGCUUAAUUGUAGUUUGUAUAUUGACCGUAAAUAUACUCCCAAUGCCAUUGACCAUAUUGAAAAGCUGGAUGACGCCUGAACUGAAGGAUCCCAUAAAUGAAUCUGAGAUAAUUCCAUGUAUCUCGCUCUCGUAUAAAGUCUUAUGGACCAAAUCGCUGCCGAAGUUAACACCUGAGGCACCACUCAGGAGCAAUGAUGUCAACUCUGAUGAAAUUGAAGAUAUUAUUGUAGGAUUUAGCACAGGUUUGGAUACGACAAAUAUCUGUACUGUAUAUUUGGGGAAUCAAAGGCCAUGUCUAGGUGGUGUACUAGCAUUAAAUGGUAAAACUGGUGAAACCAUCUGGACACAUUGGACUGCCGAUUCAAUACUUUCUGUCGACUGUGGCGCAGACUUAACAAAUGACAAAAUCAAAGAUUGCAUUAUAUCUGGACGCGGUGAGAUCCUGCAAGCCAUUGACGGCCGUGACGGUUCCAAGAUAUGGGAGAUGCCAUUUUUUCAUGCUGAUUCUUCGAACCUGCAAACAAUUUUGGACGUCUACGACGCUAGAUUCAUAGCCGAUGUGGACGGCGAUGGUAUCGGCGAUGUGAUAGCAUCGCAUGCCGUACAAUCGGACAACAUCCAAACGAGCGAUAUAUUCGUAAUAUCGGGUAAAGAUGGCCACGUCAUACGGAAUAUUCAUUUACCAUAUACGGAGCAGCUGUUCACAGCACCGCAAGUUAUAGUGCAUCCUGACGGAGAAAAUAUAUUUGUUCUGGCUACGACCAGUCAGCAAGACGCCGGAGGAUUAUACAUAGUGUCUCAAGCUAAUAUAUUUUACGACGAUGAUUUGCAAUUGCGGAAGCUCAAUCAUAACACUGGCAAAGACGCGCUAUUGCCACCGAUCUUAAUCGACAUUACAUCAGAUGGAAUUGAAGACAUUGUCGCGGCUAUGUUCAAUUCUACGAUUAUGGCGUACAACGGAUCCACGUUUGAGCCUAUCUGGAAUUACACAGUCCCCAAUUCAGAAAUAAUCAGCGUUCCCAUUCCCGGUUAUUACAAUGAUGACGACAUACCAGAUUUUAUGGUAAAGCAUCAGAUAGGUAAUGGUUUAUCCACGUACUAUUAUACCAUGGCUACGGUUAUAGACGGUCGUAAUGGACAGCCAUUGCUCGAGAAACCAAUGGAGGAUAGUUUGAGCGGACAGAUGUCCGGAUUGUCAGUCACCGUCGACGGAUUCGGUAACGAUUGGUUUCUCCAUUGGUCUACCGAUUGCUUGAACUAUGAGGGAGUCAAGGAAAAGUACGAAUUCUUGAAAGACCCUAAUUUUGUGUUACAAACACGCGCUGAUCUUUGCUUCCUGAAAUUUAAUUCGACGCUUACCACGAGGCUACUAGCUCUGAGUCAGCACAUCGGUCCGCCAGGACAGUCGUUAUACUUCUCGGAGGACUGGAAAUCCCAGGAGUUUAAUAAUUCAGUCGACGCAUUAAAAGACGAGGAGAAUCAAUCCUAUUCACGAUUGAAGCUCACGGAUACUUACGCCAAUGUACCGCUCGUUUCCGAAAGGUCGCCGGAAGUUCGUAAGAAUCAUCGAAAAAAUAACAUUUUCAAGCACAAUGACAACGUACUCGAGAUCGGCAAGUACGACUCGGAUGCAAUAUACGAAAACUUUAACGAAUUCAAGAGUCACAAGAAGCAUAAUCCCGAAGAUACUAUCGCGGAAAAUUUGGACGUGGAUCAAGCAUGGAAGCAGGAUAGCAAGUGGAUAGAGGAUGACACCCAGCCGGAGUACGAUAAUGUAUACGAGAGUGAUAAUAGUAACAAAGAAGAAGGACAACAGAGUGUGGAUUAUUCGCAAAGUGAAGUUCGAGAACGGAGGAAUAUCGUUACCGUAGUUAAAGAUUCGUAUUCAAGAAAUAUUUCUCACGAAGAAAUUAGCGAUUAUUCAAUAUCUGAAUCAACGCAACAUACUUUGCGACUUUUGAAACACGAUAUUGACACAGAAAAAGAGAAAGGAAUGAAAGAAAUCAACGACAAAAAAAAUGGCUCAGUGAAUGAAGCUGACAUAACAAGUACAUUGACGAUGUCGACUUUAAAAUCUCAAGAAGAGUUAUCAUCAACUAUGUCGAGCAAUAAAUCAAAUAUUGAGAGGACUACUACAAUACCGAAUGUAUUAAAUACAAGCGAAUUAUUAGAAAUGACAAGUACAAAUAUGAGUACGGAAUUGCCGGAAGACACGCAUACUGAAACAUCAAAUGUUACUGAAAAUCAAAGAACUACCGAUCAUCAAGAUGCAACUUCCACUACUGAGAAAGUCAUAGACAUGACAUCCCAACGACAAAUUUACAAGCACAGUUUUCCCAGCAUCGCCCAAGACGCGGAUGAUGAUGCCAGUAUAGAAAAAGUAUUUAAACGGGAAUCAUUGAAAAAUCAAAGUAAAGGCAAAAUUAACAAAAAGCAAUUGAUGUCUAUAAUAACUGAUAAAAAUUUUAAGAUACGACAGAAACGAAGAACGAAACGAAACUUCGGAACUGACGACAAUCGGUCGUCGAGCAGUAUUAACAGUGUUCAGAAACAGGCACCAACCGGUAUUCUGUUACCGUCCUUCGCCGAAUCCAAAGAAAAGACCUCGGUGGAUUUAGUAUUCUCUACAUUCUGGCUGCCGUCGUCCGACGCGUCUCCGAUCCUGACUCAAGCGGAUCUGGAGUGCAUUAGUAGAAAGAAAGCAUUAUUAGAGGAUAAACUCGAGUACAAGAAAGAUGACGACAUCAUCGGUGAAUGCUUAGCCGAAAGAGGCGUCAAUUACAAGCUCUAUCAAGAAUUGAAGGACAGAGAGAAUACUAAGAUCACAGUCGGUCAAAUAUAUACGAUAUACAGGAUGAAGUUGGAAUGCGUGUGUCCAGAGGACAUGCUACCUAAUCAAACGUGUAGAAAUAUUUCGUUGCAUCAAAGCUGGCCAGAGUAUCUAGGCUCAUCUGGAAACGGCUAUUUUAAGCCGUUGCGUAAUUACAAUGUUUGAAGAAAUUACAAAGCUCUUGUCAAAUUACAUAUAUAUAAAUUAUCGAAGAAAUUUUCAUUGUAACGCUCUCUAAUGGAGUUGUUAAUGAAUUAUAAAUAAAAUAAUCUCGUGCGCUGUUUGUAAAAGUAUAUAACAUAACAAUCGUAAUUAUAAUAAAUUGUUAUAUAAAAGUAAUUUAUAUUAAUAUUUACAUGCAGUUUUCUUCGCGAAAUGUAAAGGAUGCAAAUAUACGCGUAUUUGUACAUAUAACAAUAUUGUUGUUCUCACACAAUUAAAACUUAUCGCUUGAUUUUGAAAAGAAUUGUUAUAAUCACAUAUCUGUUAAUCAUUUAUCGAUUAUUAAAAGCUUUUUUCAAAAUGCAGAUAAACGAAAAAAUAACUGUAUGUGCCAAAUUUAAUAGUUUUUUUGUGUACAUAUAUAUAAAAAUAUGUAUACAUAUAUAUUCUAAAAUUUAUCCCAACUUGCGGUUGCAUAGAAAUUAUUAAUAUAAUUAAUGUUGAAGGUAUACGUUAUAGUUAUUAAUAAUAACUUAAAUAUCAUAAUCGUGACAUAUAUGCAUAUGAAUUAGAAUGUUAAUCAUGAAAUAUGUUAUCACAUAUUGAUAAUCAAAGUUUACGUAAUUGUACGUAAUUCUGAUAUACAUAUGUUAAUUAUAUCAAUAUAGAGACAAAUAUUCUAGCUAACAGAAAAUAUAUAUUCUGGUGCUACCAAUUUUAUAUAUGCAUCCUUACGUGCAUUUCUUAUACAAUAUAAUUUAAAGAAGAUGGAAUUAAUAAUUUAUUAUAUAAAGUUUAUGAAUAAUAUGCUAUCUCUAAAAAUACAUUAAUUACGUUUACAGGAUAACGUACGUAAACAUUUAAUAAAUUACUGUCAAAUGUAACAAAAUAUUUAAAGAGUAUAAAAUAUACAUUAUUGAUCGGA